AAUCUGCCACACAUGUCUUCAGUUCUGCUUUGUAUGUUCUCUGAAUGAAUUUCACACAAUAAUGUGUCACUUAACGCGUUUCAUAUGGCAACAUUACAUGUUGCAUAGCAAUAAAUAUUUAAUUGAUUUAAAUAUUAGCUGUAAAUCAUUUAGUCAUCACGAUCUGCUGCCUCGAAACUGUUUCAUUUAACAAAAAAAAAAACAAACAAACAAAAAAAAAACAAAAAACAGACAAGUGAUUGCUUUCGUGUCCGAAUGUUUUUCAUUCACUUCGUUACAAUUCACUGUGAUGUGAAAAUGUGUGCUUUGGCUCACCAUCUUGAUAAUUAGACACGCCAAAAAAACAGACGUGUUACUUGUCAGUUGUGGUGUGUUGGUGAUGCAGCCUUGGGCUGACUAGAUGUUCACAUCUCAGACUCUAAGGGACGCUGUUGGUCAGCAAAACAUUUUCUUUUAUUCAGCCCAACCCAUGAGUGACGAUAGAGAAGAAGGCUCUCUGUGUUUGUCGAGGUUUGUGACGAAUGCAGUCUCACAGAUUCUAGUGAAAAGGCUGAAGACUUUUUAACAUAUAACCGUAAAACCGAUUGUUUUUUUGUUUGUUUGUUUUUUAAAUCAACAUAUCAAUCAAAUUAAUCCUAUUUUUUUAGUGAUGUCUGUGAAAAGGGAAUUAUUUUGUGGACAUCAACGGCAAAUGGGACUGAUUAUUUUGCUGCUUCAUGUGUUCACCAUGGUGGGUGGACAAAUCCGUUAUUCUAUACCGGAGGAGAUGAAGACAGGAUCUGUUAUCGGUAAUGUAGCGCAAGAUCUCGGUUUGGAUCUGAAAAGGCUUCGCUCUGGGAGGGCCCGCAUCGUGACCGGAGAAAACGUUCACUACACCGAGCUAAAGACAGACAAAGGGAUUCUAGUUGUGAACGAGAGAAUAGACCGAGAGCAGCUUUGCGGAGACGUAACGCCGUGUAGCUUCAGCUUUGAGGUGAUUUUAGAAAAUCCCAUGGAACUGCACAGAAUAACAGUUGAGGUUUUGGAUAUUAACGAUCACGCUCCUGUCUUUCCAAACAAAGAUAAACCUAUCAGUUUUGAGAUAAGUGAAUCCGCUGUUGUCGGAGUUCAGUUUCCACUGCAGAGUGCGGAGGAUCUAGAUGUAGGCCAGAACGCGUUGCAAGAUUAUAUUUUAUCAGCAAACGAUCAUUUUAUAUUAAAGCAACAUUCAAAUCCAGACGGAGGUAAAUAUGUUGAGAUGGUGCUGCAGAAGCCUUUAGACAGAGAGCGAGACCCACGAUUGUCCUUAAAACUAAUCGCAGUUGACGGAGGGACACCACAGAGAUCUGGUACAGUUACUAUAGACGUGACGGUGUUAGAUGCCAACGACAAUAUUCCAAUUUUUAACAAAUCCGUUUACAAAGCCUCUGUUUUGGAAAAUAUAAUGAAAGGCACAAGCAUCAUUACAGUAAAUGCUACAGAUGCUGACAGCGGUUCCAAUGGAAAGAUUACAUAUAGGUUGUCUAAAAUGAAAGGAAGUGCAGCAGAUCUCUUCAGCAUUGAUGAAAACAAAGGAAUAAUUCAUGUUUCUGGUCAGAUAGAUUAUGAAAGGGACAUAAAAUACGAAGUGAGAGUGGAGGCAAAAGAUCAGGGUGGCUUGAUUGGAACAAGUAAGGUUAUCAUUGAGGUGAUUGACGUCAACGACAAUGCACCAGUUAUAAAUGUCAUGUCGUUUUCAAGCUCAGUAUCCGAGAAUGCACCUCCCGGUACUACGAUUGCUAUUUUAAAUGUAAAAGAUGCAGAUUCUGAGAGAAAUGGUCAAAUUAAAUGUUCUAUAGAGGGCAAGCCCCCUUUCAAAAUUGAGUCAUCUUUAACAGACUAUUACAAUUUGAUCUCAAAUCAACAGUUUGAUCGAGAAUCUGUGUCAGAAUAUAACAUUACAAUAACUGCCACCGAUUUUGGGUCUCCCCCUCUGUCGAGCUCAACAAAAUUACAUCUUAAAAUCUCUGACAUCAAUGACAAUGCACCAGUGUUUGAUAAAAGCAGCUACUCUGCUUAUAUUCCUGAGAAUAAUUCCCCUGGGUUUUCUAUAUUUUCAGUCAGCGCAAGGGACUCUGAUUCAAAUCAAAAUGCCAGAAUCUCGUAUCUUUUAGAGGACACACAAGUAAAUGGUAGUCCAGUUUCUACUUAUGUGUCUUUAAACUCUGAAACUGGAGUUGUUAGUGCUGUUCGCUCCUUUGAUUAUGAACAGAUCAAACAGCUAAUUUUAGUUGUCAGAGCGCAGGAUGGAGGCUCUCCUCCACUCAGUAGCAAUGUGUCAGUGAAAAUAAUGAUCCAGGACCAGAACGACAACCCUCCUCAGGUUCUGUAUCCAGUCCAGACUGGUGGCUCUCUGGUGGCUGAGAUGGUUCCUCGUUCAGCAGAUGUGGGCUAUCUGGUGACUAAAGUGGUGGCUGUUGACGUGGACUCUGGACAGAAUGCCUGGCUCUCCUAUAAACUACAGAAAACCACAGACAGGGCACUGUUUGAAGUGGGCUUACAGAAUGGAGAAAUCAGAACUAUCCGCCAAGUGACUGAUAAAGAUGCUGUGAAACAAAGACUGAUUGUUAUAGUGGAGGACAACGGGCAGCCCUCUCGUUCAGCUACAGUCAUUCUUAACGUGGCGGUGGCGGACAGCUUCCCUGAAGUGCUGUCGGAGUUCACUGACUUUCCACACGACAAGGAGUACAAUGACAACCUGACUUUUUACUUAGUGUUGGCUCUGGCUGUAGUUUCCUUCCUCUUCAUCACGUGUUUAGUGGUUAUCAUCUCAGUAAAGAUCUACAGGUGGAGACAGUCUCGCAUCCUGUAUCACUCCAACCUCCCUGUGAUUCCAUAUUAUCCACCACGUUACUCAGAGACUUUGGGGACAGGGACUCUCCAACACGUCUACAAUCAUGAGAUGUGCAGGACGACUGACUCCAGAAAGAGUGACUGUAAAUUCGGCAGAGCUGGUAGUCAGAACGUGUUGAUAAUGGACCCCAGUUUAACAGAAACAAUGCAGCGGAUACAGAGUGAGAAGAGCAUCCUGGAUGAACCAGACUCUCCGUUAGAGGUCAGUUGA